GAUUUGGGGCAGCCAACAAAAGAGAAGGGCCAAAAGGGUGAGAGAGAGAGAGGGAGAGAGAGAGAGAGAGGGUUGGGGAGGAGAGAGUGAUAAGGCGAGCUGAAGGAGCGGAGGCGAACGGGAGCAUUACGCCCUCCAAGAAACCUUACCUCCUUCCUGAUCCGAAGCUCAAACUCGCUGCAUAAAUCGCUUCUCGAUCGGCCGCGCCUUCCCCUUUCCUCACCCGCCCCCCUUCAGAGGGAAACAAUUCUGGUAGAACCUGGUAUACGCUGACAGAAGCUAAACCCUAGCUAAUGUCUAUACAUGGUUGCAUCAACCGGGUUAUGAAUGACAGCGGAGAAGAUGAGGAGGGACCUAUUACUUUUAAGAGGUCAAACUCUUCAUCGAAACAAGUUCGGUCGAGCUCCGCUUCAAGGAAGACAGCUCCUCAGAAGCAUGAUGCAAAGGCGACAAUUGAGAAGCCUUUUGUUUCAAGCUCAAGUUCACAUUCUUCAAUACCUGCCCUGACAAAACAUUCUUCCAAUUGUAAAUCAACAACCAGUCAUGUAAAACCACAACAUCAAGAUGAAUCAAUUGCUGAAGUUCAGAAUUCAGAUGAUUCGGAUGAUGAUAAACCAUUGAGCCAUAGACUCAAUUCAGCUUCUGUGGCAGUUCAGAAGAAAUUUUUUAUGGACUCUGAAAAGAUACACAAGCAUUCUUCAGAUCAUUAUUUUGCAAAAAAUAACACAAAUAAGAUGAUUGUGGACAAGUCAAUCAUUAGAAAUGAGGAAUCUAAUGAUUCUGAUGACAAUAAACCAUUGAGCUCCAAGAUUUCUUCUAUAGCAGCGUGCAGUACAGGUGGCCCCUCACAUGUUGUGAAGUUACCUCAAUCUGCGAAACCCACUUCACAUCCAUCUAUGAAAGUGAAUUCAAACAUCAAGGAAGAUUCAGAUGAUUCAGAAGAUGAAAAACCACUUAUCUCUAGGUUUCAGUCGAAGGUCUUUGGUGGUUCAUCUGUGAAAAAUCCAGACUCAUAUCAGAAGUCUCUGUCUCCAAAGUUGAAGUUUAAUGCUUCUAGCAAGAAGGAAGCCAGCAAAGAAAUUAGGUCCCCCAAAGGUGGUCAAAAGCGUGCUCUAGGUGAUACUAAGACUUCAGAUUCUUCAUCAAUUAAGAAAGCAAAGGUUUCUGAAACCUCUUUUCUUGUGAAAGUUAAAAAUGAAGUUGCUGUAAAGAAAGAGGUAAAAGAAGAUGAUAAUGAUCACAUACCGAUUGCACAAAGAAUGAAAAAGUCAGUCUCUUCUAACAGCACAUCAACGACCAAGAAUUUGUUAAAAAAGACUUCAUCAUUCAAGAAAGAUAGCAAGCAAAUGAAGAAGAAAAUGAAGGAUUCUAAAUUUUCAAAGACCUUGAAGGUGCCUCCUGGAUCUGGUGGGGGCCAGAAAUGGACUACCUUGGAGCACAAUGGUGUUAUUUUCCCCCCUCCAUACAAGCCUCACGGGGUUAAAAUGCUCUAUAAUGGACAGCCAGUUGAUUUGACUCCUGAACAAGAGGAGGUUGCAACAAUGUUUGCUGUUAUGAAGGACACAGAGUAUGCCACCAAAAAACAAUUUAUUGAGAACUUCAUGUAUGAUUGGCGGCAAAUACUCGGUAAGAACCACAUCAUUAAGAAAUUUGAGCUCUGUGACUUCACUCCAAUCUAUGAGUGGCAUCUAAGGGAGAAGGAAAAGAAGAAGCAGAUGAGUGGAGAGGAGAAGAAGGCCUUGAAAGAAGAAAAAAUGAAGCAAGAAGAGAAAUACAUGUGGGCUAUUGUUGAUGGUGUGAAAGAGAAGGUUGGGAAUUUCAGAGUUGAACCACCAGGACUGUUUCGAGGCCGAGGAGAGCACCCAAAGAUGGGAAAGCUGAAAAAGAGAAUUCGGCCAAGAGAUAUUACAAUUAAUAUUGGAAAAAAUGCACCGAUACCAGAAUGUCCAAUACCUGGUGAGAGGUGGAAAGAAGUGAAGCAUGAUAACACUGUUACAUGGCUGGCAUUUUGGAAUGAUCCCAUAAAUCCAAAAGAGUUCAAGUAUGUCUUUUUGGCGGCAAGCAGUUCAUUGAAAGGGCAAAGUGACAAAGAGAAAUAUGAGAAAGCCAGACGGUUGACGGAUUGUAUACAAAAUAUUCGUGCAAACUAUACAAGGGAUUUUUCCAGUAAAGAUCCAACGAAGAGGCAAAUAGCAGUAGCCACAUACCUUAUUGAUAAACUAGCACUUAGGGCUGGAAAUGAAAAGGAUGAUGAUGAGGCUGAUACUGUUGGUUGCUGCACUUUAAAGGUGGAGAAUGUUGAGUUGGUCCCUCCCAAUAUGUUAAAGUUCGACUUCCUAGGUAAAGAUUCUAUUCGAUAUUUGAACACCGUUGAGGUUGAAUUGCCUGUCUAUAAAGCGAUUGGAGAAUUCCAAACUGCUAAAAAGAGUGGUGGAGGUAGAAAGGGUAAGGGUGAUGAUCUCUUUGACUUGCUGGACACGAGCAAACUCAAUGCACAUUUGAAGGAACUCAUGCCUGGUCUCACUGCCAAAGUCUUCCGUACAUACAAUGCUUCUAUUACGUUGGAUGAUAUAUUGAAUAAAGAAACCAAGGAUGGCACACUUCCUGAAAAAAUUGCUGUAUAUCAGCAUGCCAACAAAGAGGUUGCAAUUAUAUGUAAUCACCAGCGCAGUGUCUCAAAGUCCCAUGAAAGUCAGAUGUCAAGGUUGAAUGAGAAGAUAAAUGACCUAAAGGCCCAAAGAGACGAGUUGAAUAUGGAUUUGAAUAGGGCUAGGAAAGGGAAACCUCCACUUAAAGAUAAAGAAGGGAAGACGAAGAAGAACUUGUCCCCUGAUGUGAUAGAAAAGAAGCUCGUGCAGGUUGAUGCAAAGAUAGAGAAAAUGGAGUUGGAUAAAAGAAUAAAAGAGGAUCUCAAGACAGUUGCACUAGGGACAUCAAAGAUUAACUACCUUGAUCCUAGAAUAUCAGUUGCAUGGUGCAAGCGCCAUGAAGUACCCAUCGAGAAGAUAUUCAACAAGUCGCUGCUUGCAAAAUUCGCCUGGGCAAUGGAUGUUGAUCCCGACUUCAGAUUCUAAUGCAUCAUUCAUUGGCAUGAUUAAUUUCAUUAAGAGAACAAUUCCGAACCAUUCAGUUGUUUAAAUUAAAGGAAAUUCCAAUCCUGUUUCUAAUUUCUCCAAAGCCUCAUUGAAAAACCUUCAAUAGAAACUUAUAUGUACCAUGACACAAGUCAGUAGAGAACUUGAAUUCUUGUUUCAUUAUGUACAUUAAAAUGUCCACAUUAUUGAGCUCUCAGUCCUUUAGUCCCUAAAUUUGGAGCUAGGGUUGUUGUAUUGACUUAUAUUAACUUUGAUAAUCUAUCUUUGGCAACUUGAGUUUUAUGCUUGA